ACAUCUAUUUUUUCAUUGCUGUCGAUUCAGUUUCUUUCGUUUGUUUUCGUUUCUUCCGUUUCCGAAAAAAACCGAGUAAACCCCGUUAUUGAGAUUGGAUUUAACUUAAAAACCCCGACGCGGAUUAAUGUUGCUCGUUGAUCGGUUGGCGUGCAUUUAAUUGUGUUUUUUUCGGGUUUUGUUGCUUUUUCACGAAGCGGCGGCUGCUUAAGUUCGACUGUGUGAGUGUCGGUGGCCGUAUUUAGUGCGUGUGUUUUGUUACUUCUAUCCGAAUGUCUAAGAAACAUAUGUAGCAUUUAUUAAGUGAAAAAAUAACGAAAUCGAGAUACAACCUAUUUAGUUUGUGUCAGUACAGCAGUCAAAAAGAGGCAAUCAGAGAUCCAUCCACAUGAAAAGGAGCCGAGGGAGGCAGCCAAGUUAGCUGGAAACAAAACAACCAUCCAGAAUACAAAGCAAACAAAUAUUCUUGCCAAUUUAUCGAAUAAACAAGAAGCCGAGCCAGAAGAGCUAGCCCCGCCAGCCAAGGGGCUUCUUCUCUGCAAUCAGCGCCCUCCAACGUGAUAUACGUGUUUUUUCGCCCCUCAGUCCCAACCCGAAUCAUGGAGCUCGUGGAGUUCGGUCAUGUUUGAGCGCUUCCGACUGAGCAACCUGACCAGAACCUUUCGCCUGAGAGGAGGCGGCCCAGAACUGGCGCGCGACAAGAAGAACCCACAACGGCAGCAAUGCGUCACCGUCCUGUUCCUAGAUGACAUCACGCACACCUUUCGGAUUGAGAAACGUGCGAAAGGCUCUGAACUUUUGGAGCAGGUCUUUCAAUAUCUCGAGCUUUCCGAAAGGGACUACUUUGGUCUACUUUUUCCCCAGAAGCCAGGUGACGUUGUGAGAUGGGUGGAUGCCCAAAAGCAGUUCAAGAAGCAGUGCAGCAGCGUUUCCCUCGACAACGAUGCCGUUCCAUUAUUAGAGUUUAGGGUUAAGUUCUUUGUAAGCGAUCCCAGCCGACUGCAGGAAGAGUUCACUCGCUACCAGUUCUAUCUGCAGAUCAAGCGCCACAUCCUGCUUGGAAAGCUGCCAUGCUCCAGCAACACCCAGUGCCUGCUUGCCAGCUACACGGUGCAGUCGGAGUUGGGCGACUUUAAUGCGCCGGAACACUUGCCGGGAUACUUGAGCGGAAUGCAGCUUCUCUGUGACCAGACGCCCGAGGCGGAGCGAAAGGUUGGGGAACUGCACAAGUUGCACCGUGGCCAGCUACCGGCGGACGCGGAGUACAACUAUCUGGAGCACGCCAAGCGUCUGGAACUGUACGGAAUUGACCUGCACAAGGCCACCGAUUCCAAUGGCAAAGAGCUGCAGCUAGGUGUAUCAGCGGUGGGGCUGAUCGUCUUCCAACAUUCGUUGCGGGUUAACACCUUCUCGUGGAGCAAAAUGGUCAAGGUGUCAUUCAAACGGAAGGACUUUUUUAUCCAGCUAAGGCGCGAGCCAAGCGAGAACUACGACACUCUGCUGGGAUUUGGAAUGAGCAGCCACAAGCACGCGAAGGCGCUUUGGAAAUCUUGUGUAGAGCACCACAGCUUCUUCCGUCUGAAACGACCGCACCGCCUCUCGCGCUUCCUCAGCAUCAGUCUGGGCAGCAAGUUUUACUACUCUGGACGAACGGAGCUUCAGGCGGUGCAGGAAUCCAAACAGCGUGGCCGCAUUCACAAGGUCUUUGUCCGCUCACCCAGCAAGCGGCUUCUAGGAGCUUCUGGCGGGGUCGGAACAUCAGGCUCCUCGGGCGGUACUCCGAUGCUGCAGCACAGUGGCUCCGAAAGUGCCACCUCCCACAACAACGGCAAGGCAGCUUCUGGAGGCACCGUUUUGACCAUCACGAAGACGAGCCGCCCUCAUGACAACAAGGUGACCUCCAAGGAGUCCGACUCCAUGCCGCGAAAGGCCUGGGAGCAGCAAAGCGACGAGUACGACAUCCAGCUCGACGUGGGCUUCAUUGAACAGUGCACCCGACGAUUCGAGUCUGCUUCGCCGUCACCAAUGCCACCCGCCUAUAGCUCCGGCCAGCACAGUCCACUCCUGCUGCCCACAACCAUCGCAGACGCGGUCGGCCAGCAACAGCCGGAGAGCGGCAGCGAUCUUAUUACCAUCCGAUUGCAAGCGGACGAGCAGGGUCGCUUUGGCUUCAACGUGAAGGGCGGAGUGGACUUAAGUCUCCCCGUCCAAAUUUCGAAAGUGGUACCCCAUACACCCGCCGAUCGCUGCACACCGCGUGUCUGCGAAGGCGACGAGGUGCUCAUGAUUAACGGUCGGGAUGUGCAUGGCCUGCGACACGAGCAGGUGGUAGCCAUGAUUCGUGAUUGCCGUCACCAGUCCAGCGGCGAACUACUGCUCACAGUGCGCCCCCAGCGCUCGGCACCUCUCCUUCUGGAGGAGGAGCCGCUGUACCAGUACGUUCCAGAGAGCGACGAGAUCGGAUCACACUCCAAUCUGCUCGAUGGGGAUGCUCUGUUCACCCAGAGCCUGUUGCUGCUCAGCGAUGGCUUGGCAUCAGGAGCCCUACUAGCUCAGUACGAGUUAAUGUACAGGAAGAACCCUGAUCUGACGAUCACAGAGGCUCGGAAGCCAGCCAAUGCGCCGAAGAACAGAUAUCGAGACAUAUCGCCAUAUGAUUGCACGCGGGUUUCUUUGGUCAACUCGCUGACAGGCGAUUACAUAAACGCCAACUACGUGAACAUGGAGAUUCCUGGCGGAGCUGUGAACCGGUAUAUCGCGACUCAGGGUCCGCUGGCCAGCACUACCACAGACUUUUGGCGCAUGGUGCAGCAGGAGAGCAGCCAUUUGCUUGUGAUGCUUACGACAGUGAUGGAGUCUGGUCGGCAGAAGUGUCACCAGUAUUGGCCGGUGACUGGCGACGAACUUCAGCUAGCGGAAGGAUUCUCGGUGCGCUGUCUCAGCGAAAAACCGGACGAAACUGGCAGUUUUGUGUUCCGCGAGUUUGUGCUGAAAGAUAAACACGAGCAGCGACAUAUCCACCACAUGCAGUAUCUGGCGUGGCCGGACCACUGUGUGCCCUCCGAUCCCAACCUCUUUCUGGAGUUCACCGAGCGGGUUCGCGCCGCCCGGAACCGCACGCUUCUUCAGGAGAUCGAGGAGAGCCUGAAGCAAGUACGUUUGAUGGAUGCCGAUGCGGAUGCCGAUGAGAACGGCGGCAUAAUGCGGGAGCGCAAGUGCGCGGCCAGCAAUGGAGCCACUCCGGAAGACGAGACGCCCGUUUCGACGAGCGUGCAUCAGUGCAUCAGUGCUGCCAAUCCACCUGUGAUCGUCCACUGCUCGGCGGGCAUCGGACGUACUGGAGUACUCAUCCUAAUGGACACUGCAAUGGCUUUGAUGGAGGCUCGAGAGCCGGUGUAUCCCUUGGACAUUGUGCGCACCAUGCGCGAUCAGCGAGCAUGCAUGGUGCAGAAUGUGAGCCAGUACCGCUUCGUGUGCGAGUGCAUCUGCGCCGCGUACAUGAAGAUUUCACGCAGCAGUGCCGCCAUAGACGAUGACGAGGAUUAGGGGCAGGACAAUCCAGCUACGCAAUCUACAAUCUUCCGCUUUAGUCGCCCCAAAAACGAUUCGACUUUCUUAUUCUAUAUGAAACCACUUCUAAAUCUAUCUAAUUGCUAGAACCCGUAGACAUAUGUUUAAAACUGAUUGUAUAUCACUACCAUUACAGAUCCAUAUAUUGUAUUAUCAACUGCGUUUAUAAGGUACCCCUAGACACACACUUACUUAUACAUUAUCUCCGUCAGUCGCCGAAAGUGCUGCAAGGAAACGAUUCUAAAUUUACAAAAGACACCACGGAACGGUUAACGAUGUGAACCAACUACCUAAUCGAAGUAUACAAAGCGGAACAAAUGGCAAUUUAUUUACACCCAUCCAACGCUAUACGUCAAACGCCACCCACAAUUGGCGGUCGAGAACAAUACGCAAACGGAAACCGAGAAUACGAUCCUUAUACACUGAUAGAGAACGAGAGAAGAUAAUACUGUUAGUAUUUUAGCACCAAAUCAAUUCAUAAAUGUAUUUACGCUGAACAAAAUACAAUAAAAUGUUUAAUUUAAAAA